GUAACUCGGGAUACGUACGGAACGGCGCUGCCACUCCGACCUGCCAAGCUGACGGAACAUGGAGUGAUCCUGUUCCAACGUGCAAUCGCGUGCAAUGUCCGGGUCGGGCGGCCCCAGCUAACGGAGCGUUGACUUCUACCGGGAUGGUCUUCUACCCGAACGGGGUCGUCUUUAGCUGUAACUCGGGAUUCACACUGAACGGACAAGCUACUCCGACGUGCCAAGCUGACGGAACUUGGAGUCAUCCUGUUCCAACAUGCUCACCGAGACAAUGUCCGGCGUUGACGGCCCCACCGUUUGGAGUCCUGUGUCCUAUCGGAGCUAGGUCCUACCAGGACACGGUCACCUUUGAAUGUGACCAGGGAUACACACUGAACGGCGCUACCUCUGCCACGUGCCAAGCAGACGAAACAUGGAGUAAUCCUGUUCCAACAUGCACACGAAAAGCCUGCCAAGAGCUGCCGAUUCUAAACAACGGCAACAGGACCGAGGGUCAUCUUUACGGAGACACAGUCAUCUUUUCCUGUAACGAAGGCUACGAACCUAUCGGUUCUGAGAACAGAACUUGCCAGUCCGACCAGAGCUGGUCCGGUGUACAGCCAAAUUGCUCUAGAAAAGCCUGCCCAGAACUGCCAUUGCCAAACAACGGCAACAGGACGGAGGGUCAUCUUUACGGAGACACAGUCACCUUUUCCUGUAACAAAGGCUACGAACCUAUCGGUUCUGAGAACAGAACCUGCCAGUCUGACCAGAGCUGGUCCGGUGUACAGCCAAAUUGCUCUAGAAAAGCCUGCCCAGAACUGCCAUUGCCAAACAACGGCAACAGGACAGAGGGUUAUCUUUACGGAGACACAGUCACCUUUUCCUGUGACGAUGGCUACGAACUGAUCGGUUCUGAAAACAGAACUUGCAAGGCUGACCAGAGCUGGUCGGGUGUACAGACCAAUUGCUCUAGAAAAGCCUGCACAGAGCUGCCAUUGCUAAACCAUGGCAAGAGGACCGAGGGUUAUCUUUACGGAGACACAGUCACCUUUUCCUGUAACGAUGGCUACGAACUGAUCGGUUCGAAAAACAGAACUUGCCAGGCCGACCAGAGCUGGUCGGGUGUACAGCCCAAUUGCUCUAGAAAAGCCUGCCCAGAGCUGCCGAUUCUAAACAACGGCAACAGGACCGAGAGUCAUCUUUACGGAGACAUAGUCAACUUUUCCUGUGACGAAGGCUACGAACUGAUCGGUUCUGAAAACAGAACUUGCCAGGCCGACCAGAGCUGGUCGGGUGUACAGCCCAAUUGCAGCAGAAAAGCCUGUCCAGAGCUGCCGAUUCUAAACAACGGCAACAGGACCGAGGGUCAUCUUUACGGAGACACAGUCAUCUUUUCCUGUGACGAAGGCUACCAACUGAUCGGUUCUGAAAACAGAACUUGCCAGGACAACCAGACUUGGUCGGGUGCACAGACCAAUUGCUCCAGAAAAGCCUGCCCAGAGUUACCGCUUCCAGACCACGCCACCAGGACAGAGGGUCAUCUGUACGGAGACACAGUCACCUUUUCCUGUGACGAAGGAUACGAACUGAUCGGUUCUGAAAACAGAACUUGCCAGGCCAACCAGACUUGGUCGGGUGUACAGCCUAAUUGCAACAAAAAGCUCUGCCAACAAAUGAUGGCACCUUCUAACGGCAACAUCAGCGGCGGUAGUUCUUAUGGGGACGUCGUUACGUAUCACUGUGACCCUGGAUACGAGAUCAGUGGUGAUAAACAACGAACAUGCCAGUCGGACCAGACCUGGAGUGCUACAGAGCCUACAUGCGUUGAUUGCGUCCCUGACAUCAGCCUGUCUGGAGGAGGAAGCAGUGGAUCCUCAGCAGUGAAGAUCGCGCGGCGGACAGCCUUCACCAUACGGAGCCGCAUCAACGUCAUCUGCAGUCAGACCUACCGCGUCACAUAUGAGUGGAACAUUUUCCAACAUGACCCAAUGGGUAACGUAGUGCAGAUACCGGACUUUCCUAACAAAGUCGUGCGUGAUUCGCAAGACAUCACAAUUCCGGGAAACAGCUUGGGCUAUGGCUUCACGUUUGUUGAGCUGAACGCUACCAUGGACUUUCCGACUACUGGAAAUAAAAAGUCAAAGGUACAAAAACAGUGGUUUGUCAUCACACCAUCGGCCCCUGUUGCGUAUAUAGCCGGUGGCUCGGCUAAAUCUGUCAGUCGGGAUGGUGUUCUGGUACUGAACGCAUCAGAGUCGUAUGAUCCGGAUGAAUACAUCGACGACCUUAGGAACUUCACUUUUCAUUGGACCUGUCAAACGAUUAAUGGGACAUCAUGCAACGACAUAUUCCCAGAUGCCAGACAAAGUGACGCUGAAUAUGAACUUCAGACUGCGUCAUUUUCUAAUGGUGUCGACACCGUGACAUUCACGGUCGAGGUCGGCCUUCCCGGGAGGAACUCCUCACGGACCUCACAGUCAGUCACCCUACUAGACGGGGUUGUCCUCAACAUCGCCAUUCGGUGUGCUGCAAACUGUGAAACCAAAGUCAGCCCAUCUGAGAGGCUAGUUCUCGUGACCCAGUGUGACGACUGCCCGACAGCAAACACCACAUACCUCUGGACCCUGACGGGAGACAAGCACAUCGACUGGGAUGUGGACACGACAACCGGAAACACGUCACCGAACCUAGUGGUUCGAAGUAACAUUUUUGAGGCAGGGGAAAGCUACACCUUCCGGAUUAAUGUGACUUCCAACGUCGCACCUGGGGGAACCGGUUUUUCUGAGCACAGUUUCAGAGUCAACAAACCCCCUACAAUCGGGUCCUGUGCGGUCAGUCCUUUGUCAGGUUUUUCAACGAUAACGCAGUUUGACAUCUGGUGCAAAGGAGCCGACGAUGAUGAUGUGCCCCUGGUCUACAGUCUUUAUUUUAACAACGAUGUGGGUGACAACGCCUACACAUUGCUCCAUACGGGAACGACCGAACAAUUUCGACCCCAGCUUCUUCCAGCGGGACAGGAACAUCGCGACUUCAACGUCACACUAGAAGUUCGUGUAUCGGAUGCUUUGGGUGCAACAUCAAUUAUCAGAAAUAUCAAAGUACAGGUCCGUCAACCGAGUGUGGAAGAUACGGAAGCGAAGCUCAGCAGCCUUGACGAUACGCUGGAGAAUCUACUUGACAAUGGGGACAACGGCGGGCUCCUUCAGCUCACCAACAGUCUCAGUUCUGUCCUCAACGCAGCAAACACAUCCAGCUACAGCGACGAUACACUUUCAAAGGCACGUGACGGACUUAUUAACUCAAUGACAAAGAUUCCAGUUCAGAGUCUGGACAACGUCGACCAGGUGGCUGGUGCCUUGGGCCUGGCAACGGCUUUGGAGGAACAGGUUACUCCACAAUCUCAGGAGACUGCAGCUAAAACUGUGCUGCAGAUGUCAAACUUUCUUGAUACACCCGAAAGAGAAGAUGUAGGUCCCGAAAGACUGGAGGAAACGGCAUCGGUUCUUUUGAGAGCUUGUGUGAACAUACUUCGAGCUUCAACAGCCUCUGCUACAAAGAGCAAAGAACCGCCAUCAUCUGAAACAAGAGGCCGUCGCUUGGACAAGAACAAAAUUGCCACACAGACAACUUUUAAUGCAAUCGGGAAGUUGAAUGUUGCCGUACUAGACCGGAAAGUCCCGGGGGAGAGCCCGACGACGUUCUCUGUCGGUGAAUUUAACUUGGCCGUUGAAAAACAGCGGUGUGAUUCUACCAACGGACAACCGCAGGUUUUCCGGGCAAAUGACCAACUGGGAAGCUCUACGUUUUUCGUGGUACCCAGCUUGUCAGGGUUGCUUGGGGACAGCUGUGAAACAAAGGAAGACGUCGGAAUAGAGAAUUUCAAGACACCGCGGAACCCUUAUGCCUUUACCAACACUUCUGACGAUGUCAAGUCGGAAGUAGGAGGGCUACAGUUCUUGCGGAAUGGCAGGCCUUUGGAGAUCCGCGACUUAACAGAUCCUGUGGAGGUUUUCACCCGACGCUUGUCGGAGUCAUCCCAGAAUGGACGAAUAAUGACCGAGCUAGGAAGGACAGCACCAUCUGGGAGCAACGCAAUACGUACUCACCAGUUCAACAUGACUGAGGGGAGGUCCCUGCACCUCACCGUGACGCCUCAUCUGGUGAAUGUGUCUGUCCGACUGUACCUGAAGCGAGGGGACGAACCACGCCGGAUUGACGAGUUCGACAGGAACACAACAUUGCCACUAUCAGAUGACGCUGACCUGUUCACCCUGUCACUGGGCACAACUGAAACCAUGACAGCUGACCGGUGGACGUGGUUCAUACCCGGAAAUGACGUAGACUCUACGGAACCAAUGGAGUACACGCACUACCUAGGGGUGGAGCACGUACCGCAUACUGAACAAGGCGAUGUAAGCCCCUCGGUUUCUCCUGAGGAUCGGGGAGAGAACUUCACCCUGAACUACACACUUCAGAUCUACUCCACACAAUGCCUCUACUUCAACGAGGAGAGAGAAGAUUUCGAAUCAGACGGUUGCCAGCCCGGUCCUCUCAGCAGCGCCGCUUUGUCCCACUGCCGGUGCAACCAUCUGACAGCGUUUGGGUCCGGCUUUACUUUCUUCGUCGCGCCGAACAAACUCAACAUCCUCGAAGCGCUUCAAACACUGAACAUAAGGGAGAACCCAGUCGUUGUUAUCGCGGUCAGCGUUCUGUUCGGGAUCUACAUCCUCGUGGUGAUCUGGGCCCGGCGAAAAGACACACAAGAUUCAAAGAAGGUUGGGGCAACGAUCCUUCGCGGAGAUCAGGGACGUUUUCACGAUCACUUCUACCAGAUCACAGUUCUGACGGGAUCGAGAUCCGAGUCGUCCACAUCUGCCAGGGUCUUUAUGACGCUGAUGGGAGAGGGGGGCACCUCUGGACCACAUGAACUGGAGGACCGUGAUCGCGUGAUUUUCCGGGAGGGAGGUGUAGACACUUUCAUCCUGCCGACAAGUCGUCACCUGGGAUCCUUGUACGCCGUGCAUGUCUGGCAUGACAACACAGGACCUUGCCCAUCAUGGUUCCUGGACAAAAUCAUCCUGCAAGACCUUAGCGAUGACAAGAAAUGGUUAGCUGUGGAGGAAGGCGACGGAAGGGUGGACUGUUUGCUCACGUCGGCUACCGACGAACAACUGUCGACCCUUAGGCACGUCUUUGGGUCACGAACAUCCAAGGUGUUUGAUAUUGUCUACAGUAGAACCCUCCGUGUCAUUCCUGUUAUGGAUUUCCUACAAUAA